AUGCCAAAGAAACAUCCUACAUCAAGACGUAAACCAGUCCCUUCUCUCGAAGAACUUUCCCCUUCUUAUCCUCUUCGAAACAGGACCAAAACUCUAGCUGCUUCCAUUUCAGCUCCCAUACUGACCACUCCAGUAUCAGGAGGGAGAGAUGAGAAGAUACAAACUCCAGGAACGGGAGAGACGGAGGGGAGUAGGUGGAGAGGUAGUUUGGAGGAUGUGGUAAUGAGAAGAAUGAGGGGUAUGGGGAAGAGGAUACAACGCAUCCAAGGUUAUGCAAACCAAAAUCCCACUUUGCUUAACGCAGAUCAACGAAAAGCAGUUGGAACUCUUCCGGUUUUACAAGGGAUAUACAAAGAACUUUCAGAAUUAGCGAGGCAUUCUAGUCAGGAUCCUAAUGGCUCAUCAAAGAAGCGACAAAAGGAAGCAGAGAAAGAAGCGAAGGAAGAAGGAGAACGUUUGGCGUUUGAGCAGAUGGAGCAAUACCAAGACUGUGAGAGGUUGGUCCCUAGACCACCUAGUAGGAAUGAGAGUGGGUCAGGGAUGAUCGACGCUGAUUUAGAAUUGGUGGAUCAGUUUCUUGGGAUGCAAGAGCAGGAAGAGAAUGAAGAUUCACCUAUACAAUUCUUGCAGACUGAUGAACUAAAAUACCCAUUGCCAACCAUUCAUGUAGAGCAAGAUCAGCCCACUACUGACGAUCUCCCUCAACUCGCGACCCGUCACUCUUUACCUAUAGUCAAUCGCCCAAUGCCCAGUCCUACGGCUUCUCUGAAACACUUAAACCCUCCAGGCCAAGUACCUCAUCCAUCUCCCCUGACUAUGGAAACUCUUGAUCGUUCUGCUCAUUCCGCAAGGACUGCAAGGGCAGGUCGGUUUUCUUUCAACUCUCAAUCUCAGAGGACUUUCGAUUGGACGGAAAAUAUGGCUGGGUCCGUCCUUACCCGACAUCUCUCAGCGGAAGCAGUAAUACCCUAUCAAAUUCUCGAUCGGGCUUCACAAUCUCAUAUCAGCACACAUGACGGUCAAACUCUUCGAUCCGUUCCCCCGAGCUUCCAAUACGAAGCGUCACAAACGUCAAAGAAUGUUCAACUUACCCCUUCUCAACAUUCUCCGAAUACCCCAACAGAGGUUUCCUCUGCUCCACCGGCUAGAAAGUUUACCAAGACUGAGCGUGAUGACAAGUCAGACAAGGGAAAUGUGGAUGGUGUCCAAGGAGCGUCUCGAGCACCAGCUCUGAAGACGCCACCUGACGCUAUACUCCAACGACUCGGAUCUCCAUUUCAACUGGCUCAAGCUGAACAAAGAGGUCGUGAGCGUCAUACCAGGCCUGUAGUGGACGAAGAUGGUUUCGAGAAAGUGGGUAAGAGAUACGUUACCACGCCGAGAAAGAGUAGAUGGACCGGUGGACCACUUCGACCACAAGGGAAAGAGAAGUCGGGUGGGAUGGACGUAGAGGGGAGUACGUCGGGACUGGCGGGACAUGCUGCAGGUAGCAAUGAAGGCGAGGUGAAGGAGUGGAGACGGAGGAAGAGUCCAAGUAGGAGAAGGAGUACAGGAAAACGUGGAGAAGUGGGGAAACAUGAGAUGGAUGAGACCGUACCACCUGUUCCUGCUCUACCUGAGGAACGAAGAUGGGGUUUACAGACUGGUACAGACGGCGGCUUCGUGGGUAUGGCACAAAGAUUGGAUCUGACUAAACGAGAUAAGGCUGAGAUGGUCAGAGCAGGCAGAGGAAGAGGUACACCUAGAGGUCAAGCAGUUUGA